GCUCGGGGCGCGCGCGGGGCCGCUCCCAGCUCAUGGCGGCUGCUUGCUGCGUUAGCCUUGGCGAUCCGGCCUGAGAGAUGGACGAGCCAUGCCUACUGCAGCUCCGGGUGCCACCUGCUGUGCCAGGCGCCUGCCCACCGGUGUGAACCUCCGACAGACAGACGGAUACCGGGGCUGGUGGCCGGAAAUCACCCGACCAAGACACAUAGUAGGCCCCAAGAUGGACUUCCUCGUGCUCUUCUUGUCCUAUCUGGCCACAGUGCUGGCCAGUGUCGUCAUGCUCUGUGUCUGCUCGAAAACGGGUCGCUUGAGAGGCCUCGUCGGGGGCGCCACACGGAGGGUUUCCCGUUUUACCCCAGAAUGCCUUCAGAGAUCCGUGCGAAGCCUGUUUCACUACCUCUUCCACACGAGAAACCACAGCUUCCUCCUGCUGCACCUGGCACUGCAGGGCAUGGUUUACUCGGAGUACACCUGGGAAGUGGUUGCCUACUGUCGGGAGCUGGAGUUCUCCUUAUUUUACCUUCUGCAGCCCUACCUGCUGCUGGCCGUCAGCCUGGUGUUCUUCGCCGUGACCUGUGUAAGCAAUCCUGGCAUCGUAACAAAAGCAAAUGAACUCUCACUGCUUCAAGUCUACGACUUUGAUGAGGUGGUGUUCCCCAAGGACGCCAGGUGCUCAACUUGCGACGUGAGGAAGCCAGCCCGUUCGAAGCACUGCCGCGUGUGUAACUGGUGUGUGCACCGCUUCGACCACCACUGUGUGUGGGUGAACAACUGCAUCGGGGCCUGGAACAUCCGCUACUUCCUCAUCUACCUCUCGGCGCUGACGGCCUCGGCCGCCACCAUGGCCGCCGUGUGCAGCGCCUUUCUCAUCCACCUGGUGGCGGCCUCAGACCUCUACCAGGAGCCCUACGUGGACGACCUGGGCCACUGGCGGACCGUGGACGUGGUCUUUCUUACUCAGUACCUGUUCCUGACGUUUCCCAGGGUCGUGCUCCUGCUGGGCUUCCUCACCGUGCUGAGCCUCCUCCUGGUCGGCUACCUGUGCUUCUCCGUGUACCUGGCCCUCACCAACCAGACCGCGCUGGAGUGGUACCGCCAGGGCUCUGCCCCGGACCCGCGCCGUCCCCUGGUGGCCGGGCGAGCGCGCAGCGUCCACUCCCGCGGGCUGAGGGCCAACCUGCGCGAGCUCUUCCUCCCUGUGGUCCCUUGCUGCGAGGGGAAGAAGGAAUAAGGACGGACAGAGCGCGGCUGCCCUUCUGUGAUUGUGCACAGAGCGCAUAAAUGUCUCUCUACUUGCGGUUACUGGUUUUC